AUGGAAAAAUGUUCUUUUAUUAUUCCAUUUCAGUUAGAUUCGAAGACAAACGUCAGCUCUGGAGAUGACUUAUCAAAAGAAAGAGGAGGAAGGCAAAUUGCUGUGUUAGGCAUCACUGACAGUUUGAAUGCUAGGAGUCGAGGCGAAAAGGAAGCGAAGUUGGUGCUCGUGGAAAUGCCGACACAACGUAGCGAGCUGGACUCCGAAUCUGCAGUCGCGCGAGGAAUGGCGAAUGCCUCAACAGAAAACGUAGAACCCACUCAAUUAUCCGAAGCGGUUAGUCUGAACGACUAUAUACUCAGAGCAGCCGCUGAAAAUGUAGUAAUUCAUCCUGGACUUGUAAAAAUGAAAGGAAACAUAGAUCAGAGCACGUUCCGUGUAAAAACAAAGGAUGAAAUCAUGGAACUGGAAGAAGCAAUGCAGUCUGAUCGUAACUCUGAGCACGAAAAAGGACAGCAGCAAACAAAGGCGUUGGCUACCUCCAAACCUGCACCAGCGAUCAAAUGGGGAGAUACAAAGAGCGUAUUAUUUGAAACAACCUCACAACUGACAUUCGACGAUGACGAAAUUAUCGAUGAACCGGACUUAUAUCAUUAA